AUGGAUGACCCAAGCCAGUCUCCAGUCGCCCGGCUGGAGAAGGGCGUAAGAGAGUCAUUGCAAUCAUUUCGUUAUGAAAAAGCCACUCUGGAAAUCCUCGUGCCUGCUGAGUCGAGUAUUUCAGAACGUGACAGUCUCGACCAGAGCAGUUGCGUUCAAGACUAUAGUCCAAAGCCUGCAGGCAAUGUAAAAGGUUACACUUUGGUUUUCCCCAACAAAGUCUUGAUCGAUAUGCCCCCUGGGAGCAAGAGGAGACUAUACAAGAGAAUUGCCGAAGAGGAUUCUGACCUGUUCUGCUCCGAUGAAGAGACGCCGCCCGAAAGACCAGCACAGAAAAGGUCGAGGAAGUUUUCACCUCUGAUGAUGGAAUUGAUGAAUGCAAAGAUGCCUAGAGUAACCAGACAAGCGUCAAAGGAGAAUCGCUUUGUAAACGACACUUUGCUGGGACUGUACGUAGGAUCAGAAAACGAGUCUGAGGAAAGUCCCGACGACGAAUCUGAUACAUGCACAAGCACACCAGCCCCGCCAGGUGUCAAGGACGAUGACAGAUCCCCAGAUUCACCUUCUAGCCUUGAUCAUGGCGUCUCACAUGCUCUGUCCAUUCCACCUGCAAAGCACCAACGCGAGUUCUACAAAGAUCAAGUCGAGUUCUCUCUGUACCGCACCUUGCACCCAACCUUUCCCGGCCAAAACGUCAAGUUCGACCAUGCCCUGCAGAAGCUCGAUCCCGCCCUACAAACGCUCAGCACAAGCUACUUUGAUUCUUCCAAGUGGAGCGUCGAAUUCACCGCUACGCUCCAGUCGAGACCCGGAAUCGACGUGUGCAGGACGACCGACGCGGAAGCAGCAGCAGGGAAGUGUGAUGCGUGUGGCCGUAAGCAACAACGCGCGUUCGUGAUCAUCUUCCGUGGUUCUGCGUACGAUUGCCACACUCUCGACGACGAGACCGCGACGACUUCGCGCUGUAGUCAGGGUCCACGCAGCGAGAUCGCAUCGCAGCGGCACGUCGCGCCCGCUCAUCGCAAGUUCUACGUCGGCGCCGACUGCAAGGAUUACGCUGAGAAGUCUCAUUCCCUCUGCCACUGGCGUUUUCAGCUGCGUGAAGCCGUCGAGAGACAGCUGAAGCGUGAGGGCUGGAUGACCAGAGCUGCGCGUCUGCGAUGGGAUUCUUGGGCUUCGGCGGAGAAACGCCGUAGAAUCACUGACAUCUUGGAUGCGUGGUAUGCGAAAGGUUUCGGCGCGACGCUUUAUGCUGGGUACCGCAGGUGUAAGAAUUUGAGGAAGUAG